AUGAUUGUUCAAUCCAACCCAGGUGUCCCUUAUGUUAUUCUUGGGAAAAAUCGCUUCACUGGAAAUGUUCCAACACACUUAUGCGAGUUGCGUAGUAUGAAUAUUUUGGAUUUAUCUAAUAAUAAUUUCUCCGGAGUUCUUCCCAAUUGCUUAGGGAGCUUGAUUCAUUUACGGGUAAUGAAUCUUAAAAAUAAUACUAUAACAGGCGAUAUCCCGAACUCAUUAGGUUCUUUAUCAUAUCUCCGAUCAUUGCACUUGAGCAAUAACAAACUUGAGGGCAAUCUCCCAGUGGCUUUACAGAACUUGACAAGCUUAGUCAUCUUUGAUUUAGGGAACAAUUUGUUGACCGGUAAGAUCCCUUAUUGGAUUGGCAAAAACUUAUUGAAGCUUAAAAUCUUGAAUCUCCAAUCAAAUAAGUUCAUGGGUAAAAUUCCACCGGAACUAUGUGAAAUCAACGCUCUUCAACAUUUAAACUUGGCAAAUAAUAACAUAACUGGAACUAUCCCUCAUUGUUUUUGUAAUUUAGCCGGUAUGAUCAUGACUAGUGAUAACUGUGUAAACUAUGGCACCGGUAUGUUCAAUUCUAGUUACAGUGGCACUAGUAGCGUGAGUACCGACUACAUUUAUUACAAUAGGAGUGGGUAUGAAGAAUAUAUUGUGACUUAUAUAAAAGGCAUUCAAUUGGAGUACACCAAGAGCAUUAGGUUUCUUAUAUCCUUGGACCUCUCAAGCAACAAAAUCAUUGGUGAAAUUCCUGAUGUUUUGAUGAAACUUGUGGCGUUAAAGAAUUUGAAUCUUUCUAGAAAUUUACUAAGCGGGCAAAUUCCAACAACGAUUGGAAAUCUAAGGCAAAUGGAAUCUUUAGAUCUGUCGGCGAAUAAAUUGUGUGGUCAAGUUCCUUCAAGUUUAGCUAGCUUGAACUUCCUAAGCUACUUGAACCUAUCCUUCAAUAACUUAUCUGGCCGAGUACCAAUUGGAAAUCAACUUCAAACUUUAGGUGAUCCAUCUACUAUUUAUGAAGGGAACAUUGAGCUAUGUGGGCCCUUACUAUCAUGGAGUUGCAAAGAAAACAAUUUAUCAUAUGCUCAUGCCAACAAGGAUGAAGGUAAAUAUGGGUCACAAGGUUGUUUGUGGUUUUAUGCUGGUAUAGUCUCGGGUUUUGUUACGGGUUUCAUGGGACUUGUUGGUAGCUUGCUCUUUAUUAGGAUUUGGAGGGUAACUUACUUUGAGAUGAUAGAGAACGUUUACACUUUUUUAACGAUUUCAAUCAUACAAACUUUUGCGCUACUAAAAAGGAAGAUUUUCUAA